AAACUGUCAAAAAUUCCAGUUAUUUUUUAAAGGCUUUAAAGUAUAAAAUAUAAAAAAAAUAAUCGCUAUGAUUAAAUCAGCGUGUAACUCAAGUCCAGGCGAAGAUAUUGCAUCAAAAAGAAAACUGACAGUGCGCACCCCAUUUAAGAAAAGGGCUCAUUCCUCAAGUCCUGCUACUCCUAGACCAUGUGCUCCUUCCCAGCCAAGAACGCUGCUAAAAGAUCGAAGAUGUCUUAGUCUACCUCCUCUUAAUAAAAAACCAAAAACAUCAAACGACAGUUUAGAAUAUGCCCAGCAAAAUGUGUUGGCUCAAGAAGACAUGAAUAAAACCAUGCAAUUACAGAAAUGUGAAUUUCAAGAUCAAGUUCCAGAAAAAGAUAUUGUAAUGCCUCAUUGUUUACUAAAUAAAACUAUGAGAGCGUUAGCUACAAAGAAAAGGGAAUUUAUUAAAUCCAAGAAGAACUUAAUUGUUCAACAAAAUUCUUUACUAGAAAGUUACGCUACUUUAAAAGAUUUAGAAUCAAAAGCAGGAAUUGCCGAUGAGGAGUUGGGUGAUAUACGCAUUCUAUCAAUAAAAGGCUGGCCAGCACACGACCUGCUGCUGCUAGUGAGAGAUGACCUCGAAAUGCCAAUGAACUCAGAGAUAAGCGGCAUUUUUGGUCCCCAAGUGUUACAGCAGUUGCAAGCGCAGUUGAAUCAUAUUCCAGAGGAUGUACUUGGUAUGGGCGCUGAGAUCAUGGCACGGCGUAUUGAGAUCUUGACCUUGCUGCGUUACAAGCACCGCAGUGAUCGCGCUACAUACCUCACUAAUAUGGAGUGGAAGGCGAAAAAUGUGGAGUUUGACAACGAAACGGAACAACUGCACAGAAUGGUAGCUGGGACCGCAGAAAAUUUAAAAGCUAAAAUAAACUAUUCUCUUAAUCUUGCCAAAAUACCAUGGAUAGAUCGUGAAACUAUUAUUAAAAAAUCUGAACGUAUACAAAAAGAAAAUGCGCUGCUACAACAUAAAAUUGAAGAGAUUAAUAAAAAAGAAAACGAGGAAACCAAAGAAGCUGGGCCGAAUAAUGAAACUGCUACUAAUUACCAGGAAAUAUGCAAUGAAUUAGCUAAAGAACGAGCUGCUCGGGCGUCACUUAAGGAAGUGGUGUCUGCAGCGGAGAAUAUGCUACGUGUGGCGCGCGGCCGAAUAGUGACAUUAGAGAGACAAUUAAAGGAGACGAAGGUAGAGCUAGAUGUGGUUCGUCGGAAACAUAAAGAUAUGGAACAACUUUAUCGUCAUCGGGAGUCAAGUUACGAUGCACGGUCAAAGAAAUUAAUUGAGGUUUCGAAGACUGGAGAAUUGACAAUAGAAACUUUGUCUCGUCAACGUGAUGCAUUGGAGUUAAGAGUCAAAGAACUACGGGAGCAAGCGGAAGCAGCUGAGCGUGCAGCAGAGAUUCGUGUAGCUGAAGAAAAAUCUCGCAUCGAUACGCUGCAGGCGAAGGUAGCAGAGCAGGAAAAGAACAAGGAAGCUGCUGAAGAAAGAGUCGUUGAGUUAGAAGGACGUGUUAAGGAGUUGCAAGAACAGUUACAAUAUUUACGUGAACGUUCUUUACGAUUAGUUGAUAUAGAGCGCAAACGAUGUCUUGAAUACGUCCCUGUUAAAGAGAAUGAACCAUCAGAUAGAGAAACUGAAAUUUGGAAAGAAUUACAACUAUGUCGUCUGGCUUUGUCUCGUACCGAAGAAGAGCUUCGGCAGAGUCGUGCUGAUAAAGAAAGUUUUUUAAACUCACUGUCUAAGAUUGCGCAAGAGGAAGGUGAUAAGGAAGAUAAAAUGGCAAGUGAGCUAUUAAGUAGAGAACAAAAAAUAAUGAAGUUGCAACAAGUUAUUGAAGAACAACGAGAGAACGAAAAAAUUAUGGAGAAAAGCAUGACCCAAUACGAAAAUCAGCUGGCAUCGUUACGUUUGGAAGUUAUGAGAUUGAGAAAUUAUGACUGUUAUGCUAAGGAAAUCCCAUACCAGGAUUUACAGACAGAGUUGUUGGAGAUGCAUAUGCAAGUAGAAACUCUGACUCGCGAGCGAUCGGCUUUGGUGUCGGCAGCUGCUUCCCGCGCGCUCAUGUUAGAGCGGCAUGAGCGUGCAGCAGAUCUUUUCGCACGUAUGACUCGGGUGCGACGGGAGCUCGCCGCACAUCUCGAUGGACAGACCGAUCCUCCAUCUAACAAUGACGGUAUCCAUAUCGAGGUUUCCAGAUCAUUAUCGUCGGUGUGCGCCUGUUCGGCAGAUACUUGGACGGCACUCCGAGCUGAGCGAGCUCGUGUCCUCCGAUUGGAGAGUGCAGUACUAGCGCAAAGUCUUCAACUGGAAAAGGAAGGAAGAGUCCGGACACAACUUGAACGACGCAGAGCUAUGCUGGAGAGGGAAAUACUUCGCACACGACAUUCUUUAUCAUCCGAUAAAGUUUCACAAAAUCCAAGUUUGAGAUAUAUUUUUUUAUAAUUAAUCUCCUUUAUUUCUUAUAGCGAUAAACUAUCCCAAUGUUGGCAAAUUCAGCGGGCAUCACAAUGGCUGUACAAAGUGACAG